AUCCAUCCCAUAAAAAACAAACCCAAAACCCUUCUAAAACCCUCGAACACAAACUGCAUAACUGAACACAACUCACACAACAACAUCCACAAGGAUCCAAACUACAUGAAUGCUUCUUCAUUAGCAAAACGCGUAUGAAGACUAAUAAUCUCGUUUCUGGGGACAGGAAAUCACGCAAGAGACGCAGUGGUGGAACUGAUUCAGUGGAAGAUACUCUUGAAAAGUGGAAGGAGUAUAAUAGGCAGCAACAACUUGGUUCUAGAGAAAAUGGGGUGGAAGCGAUUCACAAAGUUCCGGCAAAAGGGUCAAGAAAAGGGUGCAUGAGAGGCAAAGGAGGGCCUCAGAAUUCUGAUUGCAAGUUCAGAGGCGUGAGACAGAGGAUUUGGGGCAAAUGGGUUGCUGAAAUUCGCGAACCUAUCAAUGGAAAGCUCGUGGGUGAGAAAGCAAAUAGACUUUGGCUUGGUACUUUCGCUACUGCACUUGAAGCUGCUCUUGCUUAUGAUGAAGCAGCUAAGGCUAUGUAUGGCCCUUAUGCGCGGUUGAACUUUCCUGAGCCUUCUGUGGAGUCAAUAGGCUCUAAUGGAUCAUCAUCUAGUGGAUGUGAUAAAAAAUCAACAAGUGGUUCUGCUGACACGUUGAAUGGUGGUGAUCUUGCAAAAGCUGAGGAGUUGGAGGCGAAUCUUCAUCGGUCACAUGAAGACAAACUCGGGUUUUCUGAGGUUGGUGUCCUUGAGGAAACAGAAGAGAAACCUGUUUUUUCUAAAGCUUGUGUGGCUGGUGACUCAACGGAGCAGUCCAAGGAAAUGAAAAUUGGCUUUGUUCAAUGUCAAACAAGUGUAACUUUGAAGAAUGUUGAGCCUGAAAUACCUGGAGAAAAUGGAGGAAUAGAGAAAGGAUUAGAAGAGGUUCUGAAAAACUCUGGCAUAAGUGGAGAGGGUAAUCAAGUGCAGAAGAAGCCUAUGACUAUAGAAAUGAAUACUAGAGAUGACUAUUGUAGAUCUUCUGAUGCUACUGAACAAGAGAUUGUGGUGAAGUGUGAAGAACAAACAGAAGAAUCAGUUGAAACUAUGAAAUCUUGUGAGUUGAGCUGCAGCAACCAUUGCCUUGGAUAUAUCCAUAAUAAGAUUUCAGAUACCAAUCCAAGACCAAAUUCUGAGCAUUUUGAUAUCAUCCAAACUGAGGCAUCCAUUGCAAAGAAACACACCGAGGAAGUAAUUUCUGAAAUCCUGGAACUUUGUAGCAGCAAGUGCUCAAAGAUUAGACAUGUCGAAUCACAAAAUGAGAAAUAUAAAAAUGGACAUUUUGAUGAGAUGAAAGCUAAGCUAACGGGCUUGGAAUACAAGCUGAGAGCACAUUCUAUUGGUUGCAAGAAUGAAUCACCUUCCAAUCAUUCCAUGCAGGGAAUUCAUCUAUUUGGUGGUGGCAGUGUUGGACUUGAACCAAUUGAAAGAAUGUCUGAAGUUGAGGAUUUGAACAUCAAUUCAAGUAAAAACUCUAAAUUGCUAGAGAAAGGAAAUAAUGGAAGUGCAUUACCUGGAUUUAAUUCAGGGCAGAGUAGGAAGCUGUGUGAUCUUUCUCAACAGUUGCACAAACUGGGUGGUUACUUACCUGAAUAUUGGAAUAAUAUGCAGUUUGCGGAAUUGGAUGGUGGUAAUGAUUAUAGUUUCUUGAGUCCUGACUAUGAUUUUGGCUUAUUGGAAGAGCAGAAGUUACUUGAUAUAUGCUUUCCACAUAGAGGAUCUUAGUAGUUAGUAUUGUUAAAGGCUUAUAAUGUAUGUUUUUCGCUUUGGUGCGGUUAUCAUAGCAGCAUGUUUUUUUUCCCCACCUUAGUGAUUCAAUAAGGCUAUGUUUCUGUUCUCUUUUCAACAUCUCAAUCACCAUAGAAUACUUUGUAGUAAGAAAUUUGUAUCAAAUUAUAAAUGUUGCAGUACGAUGGUUACGCCUUUCAUAUACGGUCAACUGCAAUCGCUAUCAUAUAAUCUUAAACCCAGAUUUCC